CUCGAAAGAAGCAACAUGGGCCCAAAUCCUCUUAGGCUUUUUCUUAGCAUACUGACCCCUACAUAUGGGCAAAAUAUAAGCAAAAUCGGCGUGAAUCACUUGAAACGGUUCCCUCGUUAGUUUAUAUUUUUAUAAUUAGACGGACAAGUUAUACAAUUAUCUCCAACAAUACAAUCGCCACUUGUUACCAUUGGUAAUUCUGGUCAACAAUACGCAGUUUUAUCUCAGCAAAAUCAAAUUCAAGCACCAGCUCAAUAUAUUCAAAUAGCUGCAUCUCAAGUGGCUGAAAAUAUGCAUCAGCAACAACAACAGCCAACAACAGCACCGGCAAAAAAUGUACAUGUGUCAACAACACCAAAUGCCAUGCAACCACAACAACGUUCUACUACAUCAGCUCAUAUUACCAUAACAGCAGCUCAAUUACAACAAAUAUUAAAUGCUUCACAUAAAACUAAUAAUAAUAACGCAAUAACAACAACAACAACAAGACCAAUACAACAAAUUGAUAAUAAUAAUCAAUCAUCGGAUCAAACAACUACAGUUGAUAUUAAACAACAACCUGUUUAA